AUGGCUGCAGCACCAGCAACCCAGUCGCUAAAGGUAAAGAUCGAGCAUCUCUUCAAGUCUAAGAAGCAGCAAGAACAAGAGAAGCAUGAUUCCGCCCAACUCACUCCGGCUGAAAUCGCCCUGUUGUACCCACCCCAAAUCCCCGUCGGCGUCUACCUGCCUAUGAACAAGAUUGUCAACCAUGUCACCGGCGACCCACGCAUUGAUCAAUACUUUAAUGGCGAGCAGAUCAAGUGCGUUGUCACAGGUGACGGUGCCGUUGGCAAGACCUGCCUGCUCAUCUCCUACACCACCAAUGCGUUCCCUGGUGAAUACAUACCUACAGUAUUCGACAACUACUCCGCCAACGUCAUGGUCGAUGGCAAGCCUGUCAGCUUAGGAUUGUGGGACACUGCUGGCCAGGAGGACUACGACCGCCUUCGUCCGCUUUCGUAUCCCCAGACCGAUGUCUUCCUCAUCUGCUUCUCGAUCGUGAGCCCUCCGUCUUUCGACAACGUCAAGGCCAAGUGGUACCCUGAGAUCGAACAUCACGCACCCGGCGUCCCUAUCAUCCUUGUCGGCACCAAGCUCGAUCUUCGCGAUGACGAGGCGACCCGCGAGAGCCUUCGCCAGAAGAAGAUGGCGCCAAUCCAGUACGAGCAAGCCGUGCAGGUCGCCAAGGAGAUCAAGGCCCAGAAGUAUCUCGAGUGCUCGGCUCUCACGCAGCGCAACUUGAAGAGCGUCUUUGACGAGGCUAUCCGUGCCGUUCUUAGCCCUCGUCCUCCGCCAAAGGCGAAGAAGAAUAAGUGCGCCAUCCUCUGA